UAUCCCCUCCCUCACCCCAUACACCCCCCAAACCCAGUUUUUCUUUCAAAGUCUAAACCCUGAAAACUCAAGCAAUCAAUCUACCUUCUUCAAUAAUGGAGGAGAACCAAAAUCAUCACCAAAAACAAGAAGAAGAAGCACAGCAUAGACAACAUCAAGAUCAGAAUCAUGAAGAAAAAGAUCAACAACCACAGAAACAUGAAGCACAAGUGGAAGAACCUGAGCAGAAAAGCCCCACAGUUUCACUAUCUCCAUUAACCCAAAAAACCACUCAGUCACCACCAUCUUAUUAUUCCCCUAUUGAUUCUCCCCUCUCAUCUUGUAAUUCUUCUCUCAGUCAUGGCUUUUCUCCACCACCAACAACGACAACGGCAGCAGUAUCUCAUCCUUCUGAACCCAACCCCAAGCCACCAUCUGCAGUGGUUUCCAGGGCGGAGCUCACAUCUAGAGAUCAAUCAACCACAACAACUACUACCGUUGAACUUGAAGAACAGACACAAAAACUGGGUUCUGGUAGUGGUAAAAGAUUGAGGCCUGAUUUAUCUAUAUUAAGAAGAACCAAAAGAGAUAAGAUGAUUAAAAAGGCUUUAUUGGGAUUUAGAAUUUCUGGGUUUGUUUUUUGUUUGGUUUCUUUCUCUGUUUUAGCUGCUGAUAAAAAUCAAGGUUGGGCACUUGAUUCUUUCUACCGCUACAAGGAAUUCAGGUUUUGUAUGGCAGUGAACGUGAUUGGAUUUGUAUACUCUGGAUUUCAAGCAUAUGAUGUUGCCUAUCAAUUGACCUCCGGCAAACAAAAACCUCGGGGUCAUCUCCGGUUUUAUUUAGAUUUCAUUUUGGAUCAGAUCUUGGCUUAUCUUCUCAUUUCGGCAUCGUCUUCGGCUGCCGUUCGAGUCGAUGAUUGGGAAUCCAACUGGGGAAACGACAAGUUCCCGGAGAUGGCAAGGGCGUCCAUGGCAUUGUCUCUGGUAGCAUUCAUUGCCUUGGCUUUAAGCUCACUUGUCUCUGGUUAUAAUCUUUGUACUUCCAAAUCUAUCUAGCCAAUAAUAUACCUUCUGGGGUAUAUAUACACAUAUAAAUAUAGGUUUGAAAAAGAAUUUGAACCUGAUAGCUGGGAUUGUGGGUUUAUAGAAUAGUGCGUGCCAUGCAUUGAAUUUUGUACAGAAAGUUAAGCUUUGUUUUCAAUGGAAUUAUGUAUGAAAUGGAACAAAGAUGUUGAAUGAGUUCAAUCAAUUUGGUUAUCA